GCCUGUUAUACGACAGGUCAGCGGUUCAACUCUUCCUGUGAAAACUGGAAACAUUCAAACUAACUGGAUCUGCAAGAAUGUUAGCGUAAACUAAUAAGAAACUGCCGUAAACACUUUCAAAAGACCCUCUGCACACUUGAUUCAUAAUGACUAACAUCGCCGUUUCUCGAGUGAAAAGAGAGUUUCGCGAAAUCAUCACAAGCGAAGAGGAUCAGAAAAGCGGGAUUAAAGUGGAACUUGUUGACGAGACAUUUACAAAACUUAAAGGAGAAAUAAGAGGCCCUCCAGAGACGCCAUUUGAAGGUGGAACUUAUAAUCUGGAUAUUGUAAUUCCAGAAACGUACCCCUUCAACCCACCUAAGGUGAAGUUUACCACGAAAAUAUGGCACCCCAAUAUAAGUUCAGUCACUGGUGCUAUCUGCUUAGAUAUUCUCAAGGAUCAGUGGGCUGCUGCAAUGACCUUGAGAACGGUGAUGCUGUCUAUACAGGCUUUAUUGGCUUCUCCUGAACCUGAUGAUCCACAGGAUGCUGUCGUAGCUAGACAGUUUAAAGAAAACAGGUCAGCCUACUUGCUUACAGCGCGGCACUGGGCACAAGUCCAUGCUGGAGCUAAGUCACAGGGGCACAAUGAGUGUGAGGAGAAGAUCAGGCAAUUGAUGGAUAUGGGCUUUGCUGAGAAUCAAAGCAGAGUUGCCUUAUCAAGCCACUCAUGGAAUGUCGAGCGAGCGGUGGAGUCCCUCUUCAAUAGCUGACCCUUAAAUUGUGGUUUUAUUGCAGUAUUGACCUAUAAUAUUUUGCAAUGUUGCAAAUAGUUAUGUUUUGUAUAAUAGUGACACCUGAACAAAAACAUAACAGGAAACUUGUAAAAAUAGGAUUGCUUUUGGUUAUUUUAGUUGUUUGUCAUCUCUAUCAGGCCAUUUCCAUGAUAAUUUUUUUUCUUUCAAAUAUAAAAUACCUUUGGGAUUGUGAAUAAGUGGGCCUGUAUUUGUGUAACCAGAGGAUUUUUCAGAGGCUUCUAGAAGCUUUAGUAUAAAAUACCUUCUUGAAAAAUUCCCAUCACUAUAUAUUAUUGCACACAUCUAUCAACAAAAAAUUAUGUUGGAAUAAGUGUGCUGUAUAAAUUUAUUUUUUGUAGUCAUGGUGAAGACAAUAAACACAUGACCAGAGCAACCUAUUGUUGCUUUUGUUAGAA